AUGGCAGAAAAGUUUCUCCUGCCACCUUCACUGACGGUGCUCCUGCUCCACUGUUCACUGGUGGUGUUUCCACGGCAGGCAUGCGAGAGAGAUGUUCAGUGCGGGGGAGGCAUGUGCUGUGCGGUCAGCCUGUGGAUCCGGGGCUUGCGUAUGUGCGCGCCCAUGGGCCGAGAGGGAGACGACUGCCACCCUAUAAGUCACAAGGUGCCCUUCUUUGGGAAAAGGCUGCACCAUACGUGCCCCUGCCUGCCUAACCUGGCCUGCAUUGGCACUGAAGACGGCAACUUUGCCUGCAUGUCACCAUAUAAGAGUAUGGACUCUGAAAAAGACAUAUUUUAUUUUGAUAAAAUGUGAAUUAUAAUAUUUAUUUAUUUGUAUUUAUUGUAUUCUUCCUCAACAGUUUAUGCAAGUACCUCUUAGACCAGCAUUACUUAAAUCAAGUAACAAUUAUUUUGGUUCGGACUAAAUUAAACACGAAUACAAAUAUGGUGCAACUGCAAUAGUGUAUUUGAAUUCUACGUGACAAUGGAAACUUUGUAGCUCCGUGUAGCACAUAAAAGGUUUCUUAAUUCGGUGUAA